UUCGUUUUUUUUCUAUGAAUCACUCUAACACAUAAUUAAUUAGUAGCCAUGUUCUUUGAUUUAAAAGAUAUUUUGAUGUUGUGAAAGUUCAAUUGUGGGGCAUAUUUCUAAUUUAGUACAGGAUUUGUUACACAUAUUCUGAAGGAAAAUGUUGCCUUCCAUUUCCACUACUUGUUUCUCGACAUUUCUCUGUUUAAUAAUUGUGCUUGGGGAAUUAGCAGCACAAGAUCUUCGGACCGACAGUUUGACACCGACCCAGGAAAACCCAUGUCUAAAGGAGAAGACCACCACGUGUGGAGAGUGUAUCGCCAUUUCCACACUGUGUGCUUUUUGUACAGACGCAGAAUAUGAUACCAAUAAUUAUCCCAGAUGUGACCUGCUGACCACUCACCAGAAACUGAUUAACGACAAACCAAGGUGUAAAGACAUCGUGAAUCCGUCGUCUGUGUUAACAAAGUCAGGGGAUGAGAGAUUAGUAGACGGAGAUAGAAAUAAAUAUGCUGUACAGAUCAGGCCGCAAGAAAUUGAUUUGGAGCUACGGCCAAAUGACCCUCAGAAUUUUGAGCUGACCUUCCGAUUGGCUGAGAACUACCCAGUUGACCUUUACUACCUUAUGGACUUAUCCAAUUCCAUGGCAGACGACAAAGAGAAGUUGGCCAGUCUCGGAGUCAAGAUUGCUGAGGAUAUGAGCACCAUCACAAAGAACUUCAAGCUGGGCUUUGGGUCUUUUGUGGAUAAAGUUGUGAUGCCCUAUGUCAGCACAGCGCCUAACAAAAUUAACAAUCCUUGUCCAGGGUGUGAAAAAGCAUACGGUUUUAGAAAUGUCAUGAAAUUAGACAUUAAUUCCACAAUAUUUAGGGACAAAGUCCGAGCAGCCAAGGUGUCUGGAAACCUGGAUGCCCCUGAGGGAGGGUUUGACGCCAUCAUGCAGGCGGUAGCUUGUGAGUCUGAGAUCGGUUGGAGAAACCGUUCUAGAAGGAUGCUGUUGUUUUCCACGGAUGCUGGGUUUCACUACGCAGGGGAUGGAAAGCUUGGUGGUAUUGUUAAACCUAAUGAUGGAGACUGUCAUUUGAGUGGGAGCGGAAUGUACACAGAAAGCUCAAAUCAGGACUACCCUUCCAUCAGCCAAGUAGCUGUCAAAGCAAAAGAGAAGAAUGUCAACAUUAUCUUCGCUGUCACCGCGGAUCAGAAACCAAUUUACGACCAGCUGAAACCAAUCAUAGCGGGAUCAGAAACUGGGGUCUUAGCAUCGGAUUCACAGAAUAUCGUAAAACUGGUCAGAGAUAAUUAUUUGGCCAUCACCUCAAAAGUGGAAUUGAUUGUAGAAAAUUCGGAUAAUGUGGAUGUCAAGUUCAAAUCAAGAUGCAAAGGGAGUGUUUUAGAAGCUACCAACAAAUGUGAAAACCUAUCCAUCGGGGAAUCGGUGAAGUUUAAUGUGACAUUGGAAGUGAAAAAUUGUCCACCAAAAGGCGAAGAAGAUAAAAUUCUCAAGAUCAAACCUGUAGGACUUUAUGAUACACUGACCAUAAAACUUCGGAUUAAAUGCGAGUGUGAUUGUGAAUCGGAGAAGGAAAGGGAAGACAACAAGAACCACGUGAAUUGCAACUACAAUGGAACAUUUGUGUGUGGCAUGUGCGUGUGCAAUGAACCAUUUUUUGGUGAGAAAUGUGACUGUGACAAAGGAACAGGAACUAUUGCUGAUAAAGAAAGAGAAUGCAUCCAGGAUAAGAACACCACCAUUAUUUGUAAUGGACGAGGAGAGUGUAAUUGUGGGAAAUGUACCUGCCGAGAGCGACAGAAGGGCACCUCCCAGUUUUACACCGGAACUUUUUGCGAGUGUGACGACUACAGUUGUCCGUAUUUCUCGGGUCUGAUCUGUGGAGGUCUGAGUAGAGGACAGUGUAAUUGUGGAACCUGUGAAUGCCAGCCUGGCUUCACUGGAAAAAACUGUGGCUGUAGCACGGACAACAGCACCUGUAUGUACAACGGGGAAUUGUGUAAUGGUCAGGGAACCUGUGAGUGUGGUAAAUGCACCUGUACCAAUCCUAAGUACUUUGGACCUCAGUGUCAGGAGUGUGACAACUGUGGAGACAAGCAAUGCCGAACCCACAGAGAUUGUGCCCUGUGUACGGGAUUUAAUUCUGGGGACCUGACGCGUGAGCAGUGCGAAAAACAGUGUGGCCAUACAAAAGCAGUGCCGAAACUCAGCAAUGGCAUCACAAACUGUGAAUUUGUGGACAGUAACGGGUGCUUUAUAUACUUCACUUACUUCUACGACAAAGACAAUAUAUUGAAAGUAGAAGUACAGAAAGAUCCAGAGUGUCCCCCAGAGGUAAAUGUGCUGGCCAUCGUGUUGGGAGUGAUUGCGGGUAUCGUGUUCUUCGGGGUUCUACUCCUGCUGAUCUGGAAAUUGUUUACCACCAUCAGCGACAAGAGGGAGCUGGCCAGGUUUGAAAAGGAGGCUCAGAACGCUAAAUGGGAUACGGGGGAGAACCCGAUCUAUAAAAAAGCCACUUCAACCUACCAAAAUCCCGUGUAUGGAAAGAAGUGAACUGUAUUAGGGUGCAAGUUUACAACACGUACCAAAGAUAUUGAUAUGCUUUACCAUAAUAUAUUGAUUAUGUAUUCUAGGGAGAGAAUCCAAUUUACAAACAAGCAACUUCUACGUUUGUCAACCCCACCUAUAGACAGUGAGAGUCAUCAUGAUAAUGGAGAAUCAAGAUUGCAGCCACUCUCAGACUACUGGUGUAGAACAUGCAGUAUAAAGAUCUGCUACUAACUUAGUGAUAUAUGAGUUGCAUGGGGUACUGGGAUAUGAUUGAUAACACACCGGGAUGGGGUGGGGGUGGGUGUUAUGUACUAAUAUUUGCAUGCUCAGAAGUGACAAAGAACAUUUUGUUACACUCACUGAUCAUUGGUCUUUAAAAAAGCAUGAUUUAUUCUGACUAACUCUAGUCUCUUGAUGACUAUCUGUUUGUUGGGGGGAGGGGAGGGGGUGUAUUCUGAUUAACUCUAGCCUCAUUAUAAUAACAAUCUGUUUGUGGGAGAGGGGAAAAAAGGGGGGGGGGGGGGGGGGUAGAUAAAAUUGUGCAUGAUUUAGACUGCAUGUUUACAUCCUUGGCAGAGGUCUUGAUUUCCAUUGUAAUGAGACUGACAUCCAGGGUUGUUGGAUGAGAUGUAGUGUUUGUGAUGUGCAUGGAUUAAAUUCUCUUCUCUUGGCAUGUAGCAAAAAACAUUUUCAUUCUCUGCCGCGUGAGAGAAAAUGAAAAUAGAUUGUGACGUGUGUAACAUGCACUAAAAUGUUUUUUUGGACAUUUUUUUCUUCUGUGUUGUGCCAUGAGGAGAGCUUGAGAAAGAAAACAAUUGUGAAUGUCGUUUUCCAUUCUGUAAUCGUGUCACUGCCAUAUUGUUUCUCUAACAUGAUUAAGAUGAUUAAUGACAAUGAAAAUCCUGGUUGGAGUAGAAGGUGACUCAGCUGUUAUAUUUCAAUGUCUCCUCGACAGACUCCAGACUGUAACAAUGCUCAAUAGAUCUAUCACAAGAAGCAUAAUGGACUGCACUUAUUGUCAUGGUUGUAAUCAACAGGACCAGUUUUUGAUGUGGAAAAUUAUGUAUCUUUACAUAACCUUUUGGCAAAAUGUGAAAAAAAAAAUUUACUCUGCUUUUUAUGAGCAAGUUCUUCUACUCACGCUGAAAAUUUUUGUAAGUUCUCAAAUUUUUGAGAAACAUACUUUUGCAAGUUAUAGGAUCAAUUGAGUUCAUGGUAAAUUGUUUAGUAUGAAUGAAGUUUACCUAAAUUCAAAAGAAUUGAGGUAAACUUUAUAGAAUAUUUAAAAAUUUAGCCCGAAGAGAAAAAAAAUGUUUCGUAGAUAUUUUGUUUUACUUAACCUUAGCAGAAGGAUCAAGAUAGCUUUUCUGAUCAAAAUAUGUCGAUUGUUUUAAAUAUUUCAAAUGUUCCACUUUUUCUCCAGAAUCAAAGGGUCAAUUUCAACCAAACUUGACAUAAAGCAUCCCUUGGUGAAUGAGACUGAAGUUUUGUUCAAAAGAAGGGGUAUACUUCGUUCCAGGGGAAUAUAAUUAAGAAACGGUUAAAAGAAAUCUUUUAAAGAAAAACCCUAAACCAGAAAAGCGGUAAUGAAGACUUAACUUUGUAGAAACCAAGACCCAUAGAUCCAAACCCUUUUUGUUCAGAAUGGGGUCCCAGAUGGGGUGGAACAUUUUACUAAGGAUAAAUUAUCUUUUUAAAAUCCUCAAGGGUACAAGAUAUCAGAUAGACUUACGAUAGUCUUUAUUAGAGUUCACUCGGUUCCUAGAGUAAAGGUUAAAAUUAAGAUUUAAAAACACAAUUGCUCAGGUGAGUGGUGUGGUCUAUUGGCCUCAUUAUCGUAGAAUGUUGUUUAUUCCAUAUAUACGUGUGUAUGUACAUUUAUACAAGAAAUGCUAUGUCUGAACCAUUGACUUGACCUGAAGAAGUGAAAUAGAUAUGCAAUACGUGUGCCUUCAGUAUAACCUGAGAUUCUGUGAUUUCUUGUGCUGAACUGUAAUGGCAAUUAUGAUUUUUUUAAUAUCUUAUUUGAUGCUAAGGUUUGAGGUACAGCGGUAUCUGAUGAAGUAGAAUUUGUUUUGUAAACCGAAUACAGCAUUUUCAUUAUUUGUUGUUUUCAAAUAAUUUGGAUGCUAUGUGUUUUUAAAGAAGUGGAGUAGCUGAAUGUUUGGGUUGAAUACCUGUUUUGUUAUGUUUUUUUUUAGUUGUUUUUUUUUUUUUCAUUUGAUUUUGGAAUUGUGUUCAGUGCUAAAAAGUACCAUCUACUUUCGAAGUAAGUAGGUCUGUGAUGUCUCAAAUAUUGCACAAAUUUUUGAAAACUAAUUUUUAAGAUAUAUUUUAAAACGUCAUUGGGAGAAUCCGAGAUUUUUUCUUUUUGUUCAGUUACAUAUUGUAAUUGAAAACUACUUCAUUCCCGCAUAUAUUUUAGACCAUCAUUGGGAGAAUCCGAGAUUUUUGUUUGUUCAGUUACACAUAAUGAUGUAGGCAUUGUAAAUGAAAGGGUUUGUAAUGUCAUUGAAACUGGAAUUAAGAAAUGAAAAUGGAAAGUCCCAGAAAUAAGUAUUGACCAUUUUGAUGACCAUCAGCCCUUUUUACAAAAUUGUGUUAUAACUUGCACAAAAUUUUAGAAACACAGUAAUUUCUUUUUAUAUUGUCUUUUGUAGAUUUUCUGAAUUAGUACAAGUGUAUAAAGUAUAUCCAUGGUUGAUAAACUUGCAUACAUCUAACCUUGUGAUGCUUAUUUGAUUGAAAAGUGGAAAUGAACAUUUUUAUUUUAUCUGUGAAGACAUUUUGUGAAAAGAUCCAUUUAUUCUGAAUGGUGUUGUAUGUUUUCAUAUGUAUACAGCAUAGAAAAUCUGUAUAGAUAAAAUGUUCUCGUUGUAAAUUUUUCCUUUGUUACAAAAUGCAUAUUUUCUCUCAUCUCUUGCAUUUAUUAUCCAGUAGUGAUAUAGUAAAACAAUAUGUAUAUAUCAGAUACAUGUAUAUAUGUAUGCUGCCUUGAGUAAUCUAAUUUAUUUCAGAAUUUAAUCUUAAUUCCUAGUAAUGAUGUAUUGAUGAUGAUGUAAUUCUUUGAAAUAUAUGGUGUGUUAAGUACAUACAAUAUACAUGUACGCAUUUAUGUAGAGAACUGCUGCACAAGUUGAUGCUUUUUGUACAACAUUUUUGUGUUUUUUUGUUUUUCAUUAUCAUGGUUGUGUAUUAUUGUAAAAAAAAUAAUUUUUUAUGAAAGUGUUCGAGACAGAGUGGCAGAUUCAUUUUUAUGAAGGAUGAAAAGGAACAUUAUUUAUUCGAUGUAUGCAGGAAUCUUAUAAAAUCUGAUCUGUUCCUGUGAUAUUUUUUUUUUCCACAAAAUUUGUGAUCGUAUUUUCGAAAGUCUAGGUUUUUGAUUUUCACGAUGGAAGCAGUGUCUUUAAAAUACCGAACUAGAACGCCAUUGACCUGAAUCACCCUUUUUUUUAAACUUGUUUAUGUUCCCGAGCUUCCAUUCUUGUGUAUUGUGUAAAUUUUUUAUGAAAUGAAUAUAAUAAAUAUUUUAUAUUAAGAAUUA